UUGCUGUAGACCCAUUGACCCUUGCGCCAAACAGUGAAGACCCGACGACGUCUACGCCAACGACGUCACCCGCAACAACAGAUGCGCCGGACACUGUAGCUCCGUUGACUCCUGCUCCUACGACUUUGCAUCCGACACCGGUGCCGACGACUUCAGCUCCGACCGAUGCGCCGUCUACUGUAGCCCCGUCGACACCGGCUCCGACUGCUGUAGACCCAUUGACCCUUGCGCCAAACAGUGAAGACCCGACGACGUCUACGCCAACGACGUCACCCGCAACAACAGAUGUGCCGGACACUGUAGCUCCGUUGACUCCUGCUCCUACGACUUCGCAUCCGACACCGGUGCCGACGACUUCAGCUCCGACCGAUGCGCCGAUUACUGUAGCCCCGUCGACACCGACUCCGACUGCUGUAGACCCAUUGACCCUUGCGCCAAACAGUGAAGACCCGACGACGUCUACGCCAACGACGUCACCCGCAACAACAGAUGCGUCGGACACUGUAGCUCCGUUGACUCCUGCUCCUACGACUUCGCAUCCGACACCGGUGCCGACGACUUCAGCUCCGACCGAUGCGCCGUCUACUGUAGCCCCGUCGACACCGGCUCCGACUGCUGUAGACCCAUUGACCCUUGCGCCAAACAGUGAAGACCCGACGACGUCUACGCCAACGACGUCACCCGCAACAACAGAUGUGUCGGACACUGUAGCUCCGUUGACUCCUGCUCCUACGACUUCGCAUCCGACACCGAUGCCGACGACUUCAGCUCCGACCGAUGCGCCGAUUACUGUAGCCCCGUCGACACCGGCUCCGACUGCUGUAGACCCAUUGACCCUUGCGCCAAACAGUGAAGACCCGACGACGUCUACGCCAACGACGUCACCCGCAACAACAGAUGCGUCGGACACUGUAGCUCCGUUGACUCCUGCUCCUACGACUUCGCAUCCGACACCGAUGCCGACGACUUCAGCUCCGACCGAUGCGCCGUUUACUGUAGCCCCGUCGACACCGACUCCGACUGCUGUAGACCCAUUGACCCUUGCGCCAAACAGUGAAGACCCGACGACGUCUACGCCAACGACGUCACCCGCAACAACAGAUGUGUCGGACACUGUAGCUCCGUUGACUCCUGCUCCUACGACUUCGCAUCCGACACCGGUGCCGACGACUUCAGAUCCGACCGAUGCGCCGACUACUGUAGCCCCGUCGACACCGACUCCGACUGCUGUAGACCCAUUGACCCUUGCGCCAAACAGUGAAGACCCGACGACGUCUACGCCAACGACGUCACCCGCAACAACAGAUGCGUCGGACACUGUAGCUCCGUUGACUCCUGCUCCUACGACUUCGCAUCCGACACCGGUGCCGACGACUUCAGAUCCGACCGAUGCGCCGAUUACUGUAGCCCCGUCGACACCGGCUCCGACUGCUGUAGACCCAUUGACCCUUGCGCCAAACAGUGAAGACCCGACGACGUCUACGCCAACGACGUCACCCGCAACAACAGAUGUGUCGGACACUGUAGCUCCGUUGACUCCUGCUCCUACGACUUCGCAUCCGACACCGGUGCCGACGACUUCAGUUCCGACCGAUGCGCCGAUUACUGUAGCCCCGUCGACACCGGCUCCGACUGCUGUAGACCCAUUGACCCUUGCGCCAAACAGUGAAGACCCGACGACGUCUACGCCAACGACGUCACCCGCAACAACAGAUGUGUCGGACACUGUAGCUCCGUUGACUCCUGCUCCUACGACUUUGCAUCCGACACCGAUGCCGACGACUUCAGUUCCGACCGAUGCGCCGAUUACUGUAGCCCCGUCGACACCGGCUCCGACUGCUGUAGACCCAUUGACCCUUGCGCCAAACAGUGAAGACCCGACGACGUCUACGCCAACGACGUCACCCGCAACAACAGAUGUGUCGGACACUGUAGCUCCGUUGACUCCUGCUCCUACGACUUCGCAUCCGACACCGGUGCCGACGACUUCAGCUCCGACCGAUGCGCCGACUACUGUAGCCCCGUCGACACCGGCUCCGACUGCUGUAGACCCAUUGACCCUUGCGCCAAACAGUGAAGACCCGACGACGUCUACGCCAAUGACGUCACCCGCAACAACAGAUGCGUCGGACACUGUAGCUCCGUUGACUCCUGCUCCUACGACUUUGCAUCCGACACCGGUGCCGACGACUUCAGCUCCGACCGAUGCGCCGACUACUGUAGCCCCGUCGACACCGACUCCGACUGCUGUAGACCCAUUGACCCUUGCGCCAAACAGUGAAGACCCGACGACGUCUACGCCAACGACGUCACCCGCAACAACAGAUGUGUCGGACACUGUAGCUCCGUUGACUCCUGCUCCUACGACUUUGCAUCCGACACCGAUGCCGACGACUUCAGCUCCGACCGAUGCGCCGUCUACUGUAGCCCCGUCGACACCGGCUCCGACUGCUGUAGACCCAUUGACCCUUGCGCCAAACAAUGAAGACCCGACGACGUCUACGCCAACGACGUCACCCGCAACAACAGAUGUGUCGGACACUGUAGCUCCGUUGACUCCUGCUCCUACGACUUCGCAUCCGACACCGAUGCCGACGACUUCAGCUCCGACCGAUGCGCCGACUACUGUAGCCCCGUCGACACCGACUCCGACUGCUGUAGACCCAUUGACCCUUGCGCCAAACAGUGAAGACCCGACGACGUCUACGCCAACGACGUCACCCGCAACAACAGAUGCGUCGGACACUGUAGCUCCGUUGACUCCUGCUCCUACGACUUUGCAUCCGACACCGAUGCCGACGACUUCAGCUCCGACCGAUGCGCCUGAAGACCCGACGACGUCUACGCCAACGACGUCACCCGCAACAACAGAUGCGUCGGACACUGUAGCUCCGUUGACUCCUGCUCCUACGACUUCGCAUCCGACACCGAUGCCGACGACUUCAGCUCCGACCGAUGCGCCGAUUACUGUAGCCCCGUCGACACCGGCUCCGACUGCUGUAGACCCAUUGACCCUUGCGCCAAACAGUGAAGACCCGACGACGUCUACGCCAACGACGUCACCCGCAACAACAGAUGCGUCGGACACUGUAGCUCCGUUGACUCCUGCUCCUACGACUUCGCAUCCGACACCGGUGCCGACGACUUCAGCUCCGACCGAUGCGCCGUCUACUGUAGCCCCGUCGACACCGGCUCCGACUGCUGUAGACCCAUUGACCCUUGCGCCAAACAGUGAAGACCCGACGACGUCUACGCCAACGACGUCACCCGCAACAACAGAUGCGUCGGACACUCUCCGACCGAUGCGCCGAUCUACUGUAGCCCCGUCGACACCGACUCCGACUGCUGUAGACCCAUUGACCCUUGCGCCAAACAGUGAAGACCCGACGACGUCUACGCCAACGACGUCACCCGCAACAACAGAUGCGUCGGACACUGUAGCUCCGUUGACUCCUGCUCCUACGACUUUGCAUCCGACACCGAUGCCGACGACUUCAGCUCCGACCGAUGCGCCGUCUACUGUAGCCCCGUCGACACCGGCUCCGACUGCUGUAGACCCAUUGACCCUUGCGCCAAACAGUGAAGACCCGACGACGUCUACGCCAACGACGUCACCCGCAACAACAGAUGCGUCGGACACUGUAGCUCCGUUGACUCCUGCUCCUACGACUUUGCAUCCGACACCGAUGCCGACGACUUCAGCUCCGACCGAUGCGCCGUCUACUGUAGCCCCGUCGACACCGGCUCCGACUGCUGUAGACCCAUUGACCCUUGCGCCAAACAGUGAAGACCCGACGACGUCUACGCCAACGACGUCACCCGCAACAACAGAUGUGUCGGACACUGUAGCUCCGUUGACUCCUGCUCCUACGACUUUGCAUCCGACACCGAUGCCGACGACUUCAGCUCCGACCGAUGCGCCGUCUACUGUAGCCCCGUCGACACCGGCUCCGACUGCUGUAGACCCAUUGACCCUUGCGCCAAACAGUGAAGACCCGACGACGUCUACGCCAACGACGUCACCCGCAACAACAGAUGCGUCGGACACUGUAGCUCCGUUGACUCCUGCUCCUACGACUUCGCAUCCGACACCGAUGCCGACGACUUCAGCUCCGACCGAUGCGCCGUCUACUGUAGCCCCGUCGACACCGACUCCGACUGCUGUAGACCCAUUGACCCUUGCGCCAAACAGUGAAGACCCGACGACGUCUACGCCAACGACGUCACCCGCAACAACAGAUGCGUCGGACACUGUAGCUCCGUUGACUCCUGCUCCUACGACUUCGCAUCCGACACCGGUGCCGACGACUUCAGCUCCGACCGAUGCGCCGUCUACUGUAGCCCCGUCGACACCGGCUCCGACUGCUGUAGACCCAUUGACCCUUGCGCCAAACAGUGAAGACCCGACGACGUCUACGCCAACGACGUCACCCGCAACAACAGAUGCGCCGGACACUGUAGCUCCGUUGACUCCUGCUCCUACGACUUCGCAUCCGACACCGAUGCCGACGACUUCAGCUCCGACCGAUGCGCCGAUCUACUGUAGCCCCGUCGACACCGACUCCGACUGCUGUAGACCCAUUGACCCUUGCGCCAAACAGUGA